AUGCUUUUCCGAGCCUUGACUAAGUCGGCCCCGAGCUUCAAGAGCCUCUCGACCCUGCAGUCCCGGACGCUGGCAACAGUCUCCAAUACUACACCUCGCCAGCAACACAUUCCAGUGCAAAAAACCCUCCAAUCGUCUCCUCUUACCCACGAAAGAGCGACUUUUACAAUCCGAAAUGGCCCCAUCUUCCAUGGUACCUCGUUCGGGGCUCGAAGCAACAUUUCAGGCGAAGCCGUGUUCACAACUUCGCUGGUGGGAUAUCCUGAGUCACUCACCGACCCUUCGUAUCGUGGUCAGAUCUUGGUCUUCACCCAGCCCCUAAUUGGGAACUACGGUGUCCCGUCCAACGCACGAGACGAACACGGGCUCUUCAAGUACUUCGAAAGCCCUAACAUUCAAGCUGUGGGUGUGGUCGUGGCAGACGUCGCAGAGAAAUACUCUCACUGGACUGCUGUCGAAAGCUUGAGUGAAUGGUGUGCUAGGGAAGGUGUACCAGCCAUCACCGGUGUCGACACUCGAGCGAUUGUCACUUACUUGCGAGAGCAAGGAUCGAGUCUCGCCAGGAUCACCAUCGGUGAGGAGUACGAUCAGGAUGAAGACGAGGCAUUUGUCGAUCCUGAGCAGAUUAACCUCGUCCGCAAAGUGAGCACCAAGGCACCGUUCCACGUCAGUGCACCGUCUCCCACUGCUCACGUUGCUGUCAUCGACUGUGGAGUGAAGGAGAAUAUUCUGCGUAGUUUGGUUAGCCGAGGGGCUAGUGUUACUUGUUUCCCCUUUGAUUAUCCGAUCCACAAGGUGGCCCAUCACUUUGAUGGUGUCUUCAUUUCCAAUGGACCUGGAGAUCCAACCCACUGCCAAGACACUGUCUAUCAUCUUCGAAAGUUGAUGGAGGGUUCUCAGAUUCCUAUCUUUGGUAUCUGUCUCGGGCAUCAGUUGUUGGCGCUUGCCGCUGGAGGUAGAACCGUGAAGCUCAAGUACGGAAAUCGGGCUCACAAUAUUCCUGCCCUGGAUCUUACAACUGGCAAAUGCCACAUCACCAGCCAGAACCAUGGAUACGCCGUGGAUGCUGCGACACUACCGAGCGACUGGAAGCCAUACUUUAUCAAUCUGAACGAUAACUCGAAUGAAGGACUAAUCCACGCGACUCGACCAAUUUUCUCGACACAGUUCCACCCCGAGGCGAAAGGUGGACCGCUUGACUCCUCGUAUCUAUUUGACAUGUAUCUAGGCAACGUUCACAAGUACCGACAGAGCCAGUCGGUGUAUGAACCACACCGAGACAGUAAGCCAAGCCCCUUGCUUGUGGACCUGUUGUCCAAGGAACGAGUUGGCGUCGAUCUCACCCAAGGCAUUCGAAAUAUGAUGUCUGCCGCAGCGCGUGUGGAAGAGCCAGAACGAGUCUACGCGGCAGGUGCGGCUUGA